GUCACAGUUCCAGAGAUACUAUGCCAUUAAAAGUCAUUUUGUUCGGAGCGCCGGGGAGCGGCAAAGGGACCAUCAGUGAAUGCCUCGUGCGUGAUUAUGGUUUUUACCACAUCAGUGCCGGGGAGCUACUUCGCAGGGAGGUUGAAAAGCGGUCACCCCUGGGCCUGCGGUGCGCAGCGCUGAUGUCGGCGGGUGAAUUAAUCCCAGAUGAGCUCAUCAUAGACCUUGUCUGCCAAGUGCUCAAAAGUCCUGUCGUUAAGGAUAAGCCGGUUCUAUUAGACGGAUUCCCCCGGACCCUGAAACAGGCAAGGGAGCUCAGCAAUCGCGGGUUUAAUUUCGAUAUUAUGUUUUACCUUCGUGUGGAUCGGGAUGUGUUGCUUGAAAGAUGCUUGUGCCGACGUCAGGAUCCUGUCACGAAAAAAAUAUACAAUAUCCUGAAUGACCCUCCGCCGCCGGAAAUAGUAGAUCGUCUUCAAAUACGUUCAGAUGACACCAGGGAAAAGCACAACCGACGCAUGAAUAUCUUUUUUAAGCAAAAGGAAGAUUUGGUUCGUUAUUUUUUGGACAUCCUAAUGGAGGUUGAUGCCAAUUCCAGUGUGAAGGAUGUCUAUAAAAAGAUCAAAGCAUACAUUGAUUGGCAUAUCGAACAGGAGCGUCUAGAAAAUUAUCUUGAUCGUGAUAGUCAUUUGUGAUACAUGUAUGCGCAUGUUUUUUCCUUUUUUUAUGGUUGACCAUACCCCUUUUGAAACCUUGGAUUAGUUUGAGAAACGCACAAAACUGAUGUUUGCACAAAUGGUGUGAUUGAGCAUAUGGUGAAAUAGGGGAAAGGUCAUUAAGAAUAACUCGUCUGUUUACUAUAAAAGCAAGUAAAACUCCACGGAGAGACUUCCCGUCUUCGGGCAUUUUUCCUAUUAGGAUAAAGUCUCUACAAAUGAGAAACACCAUCAAAACAGGUAUAAAUGUAUCAAGAAAUGAUAUAUAUAUAUAUAUAUUUACAUAUUUUAUGCCAGUAUAUGCUUGCUGGAAAUAGUAAUAAAAGUAAAUCAGCAUUUAAAAAAAUUAGGUGUACGUCUGGGAUGGUGUACAGUAAAAGAACGAUAAAAAGGGAACACUAUUACUAGUCGUAUUCAUUUGUUAAAUUCACGUCGCAGUAAGCAAAAAAAAAAAGAAGGGAAUAGAUCGGACAAAAACAAUAAUUUUAGCAUAUUCGAAUUAUAUACCUUUUAUGUCAAUAAAUUAUUAAAUUAGGCAGUUUCCUUUGAGAAGCAGAAUCUUAAUAUUCAGGGAAUAAUCGGAUUCAUUGAUAAGCUGCUUAAAUAACCCUGUUUCUCAACCAUUUAUGUUCCAAUUUGAGUCAAUUUUUAUUGUCCUUUUUUAAAAUUUUUUAGGCAAGCAUUACCUCAUUAUAGCAGGGUUUCAGCAGGGGUUGUCUACAGGCCUAUUACACCAUUGUUCAGACUCACUCAUAUUUACUUCUCAUUAUAUUUAGUCGAUCUCCAUCGAUGUUAAGGUGUUCUUUUAGCCAGGAUAGGAAAAGGAUCGAGCUCCAAUUUCUUGUGUGUCCCCUCCUCCCUUCCCUAAGGGGGGAAAAGGUAAGCAACGAAACAUUUGUGUUGUUCGUGAUUGCACUUAGUAGCGCAUAGGAUUCCCACUGUACCCAUUAUUUUACUCAGCACCAGGAUGCAUGAUGAGACUCCAAUCUUAGAGAGAAAGCAUGUAGGGAAACAGCUCGCCUAAAGAGACCGUUAAGGCAGGUAUUCCUAGCUGAAAAAGACUUAUACUCCUCUACUCUUAUCCCAUUUUUCCAACUUUCCAUUUGUCCAUACAAUCCUAUA